CCAACACCAUUUUUUCUACAGAGCAUUUUUCCCAAAAGAAGAAAGUCGACUAGGGUUUCUAUUUUUCUUCACUCACUCUAAGGUUCCUCCCAUUCUCCGCUCAAUUUUCUCGGGAAAAUUCUAUGAUCGGAAACUCUGAGAAAAGGCUCAUUAUUCACUACAGAUUUUUGAAAAUCCCAUUUGAAACUUUGACCCCUCUUUGUAAUUUCGAGUUUGUUGGAGCUGUAUUGGAAAAGUCCUGAUUGUAAUGGGAAAGCACAUGAAAGGUUCGAGCUUGUUUGGGAAAUUUAUCGAGAACCCUAGGUAGUGAGCGAUCUACGAUGGAUUCGAUGCCUGUGGUGUUCGACAUAAGCUCGGAUGAAGAGUGUUGGGGAGAGAGAAGAGGAGGCGGAGAAGAUGGUGGUGUUGUUGGUGGUGGUGGUGACGAUGUUAGUUGGAUAUCGGAGCUUCUUGAGAAAUUUGACAGAGAAGAAGACAAUUCUGAUGAUGUGGUGGUAGUGGGUGAGGUUGUGCUAAACCCGAGGACUAGGUCGAAGUCGUCGGAUGAUGACUGUGUGGUCUUAGAUGGCAACCCAGAUAAGCCUGAUGUGAUUGAGAACAAUGUCGAUGAUGACUCCGAUGAUUUGCAAAUUGUUGGCCAGAAAGGGCAGAUUGCUUGUAGAGAUUACCCUCAUCCACGUCAUCUCUGUGCUAAGUUUCCAUUCACUUCCACUCCACAUGAGAGGCAAUGUCACCAGUGCCACUGUUAUGUUUGUGACUCACUUGCUCCUUGUGUCUAUUGGGGCAACGGCACUUCGAGUAACGACCAUUGUCAUGCCACUGAUAAAGUUGAGUCCUGGAAACUUCUAAGGUGUAUUUUCAAGGAUGGGGAGAAAGCUCCCCUACCAAUGGGACUACCACAAACAACCCAAGUUCCACCACUGGCACUGAUGCAACCUGACUCUCUGGCCCAAAAUCAGGACUUCAGCCCAACCACAAUUCCUUCUUGUUCUACAUCAGCUGAUUUUGGUAUCCCAAACCAACAGUCUCUAUAUGGUUUGUCCAGAAGCAAAUUCCACUCACAUUUGGUCUCUCAGAAGUUACCGAGUACGCGUAACAAUAUCAUUCGAAGGGACAGAAGGCACAAUCUUGGUAAUUUAGGGCCUCAAGUUAUCAAUUCUCAUGCAAAUUUCAAAAGGACAGGAUCAGGAUCAGGAUCCGCUGGGGAUGCUUUGACGACUAAUCGAUCUGGGUACCACUUAUCUAACAACAAUCAUGUAGCUCAAAACUCCAGAAAUCCCUCUCCUAUGGCAGCUUCAUAUGAUGAAAAUCCAACUAGGUGGCAAGAUUUUCCCAACAGAAUGACUUCAGACUCAAAUGUCUAUCAGGCCCCCUCCUUGCAAAACACUGGCAGAGUCUUAAUGAAUUCAGUGCCUUCUCAACCCCAAGUGUCGUCCCCGCCAAACAUUGGAAGCAGCUUUGUCAAUUCAGUGUCUUCUCUGCAAGCCACUUCCCAGCCAAACAUGGGCAGCAAUUUUGUAAAUUCAGUCCCUCCUCAACAGCCAGUAUCUCCCCAGCCAAACAUGGGCAGCAAUUUUGUAAAUUCAGUCCCUCAACCGCUAGUAUCUCCCCAGCCAAACAUGGGCAGCAAUUUUGUAAAUUCAGUCCCUCAACUGCUAUUAUCUCCCCAGCCAAACAUGGGCAGCAAUUUUAUAAAUUCAGUCCCUCAACCGCUAGUGUCUCCCCAGCCAAACAUGGGCUGCAGCUUUGUACAUCCGGUGCCUUCUCAAGCCCAAGUAUAUAGCCAAGUCGGCUUCCAACAAGGAAAUGGCGCUCAAAUUGCUCUGGAUUCAACUUUUUCAGAUGUCAACACAAGCUGGGUUGGCUCUACUGGGCAGAGCAACCAACUAUCUUUGGCAGAUAAUUCCGAAAUUCAAAGUGUAAGGCCGACUUAUCAUCCUCCACUCGUCACAGAGUUUGAUCCUCAGAUUCCCAUAAGCACCAAUCCAAGCUCACCGGACUUCCAAUUUGAAAACUGGGUUCUGGAGAAUCAGCCUGUUUCUGGGGAUCUAGAAAAUUCUGUUCCUUCUGGAUUGAAUGUAUACUCUCCAGAACAUAUCCCUCUAGAUGCAGGUUUUUUAUUUGAUUUAUGAAACUCUUGGAAAUGUCUUAACACGUGUGAAGCUAGCCACUCCGCGCUUUGUUUGGCAAAGAAUGGAAAUGACAAUAUUCUUUGGAUGAGAGGAUUAGUAAUUUGGUUUGUACCAUUAUCAGAGGAACAGUCUUAUAUUUUUUUAAUAUUAUGAGGUGCACAUAUAGCCCUUGUUUGAAGGCUGCUUUACAAAUGUACAGCACCGGCAUCUUUCAUGGAA